CCAAAUUCUGUUUUGUCAACUUCAUUCUGCACGAACUUCUUCUGUGACGAGGUCGAAGAAGAAAUAGUGGAAAUGGGGGAACACUUGGGGCAGCUCAAGUUGACGGUGGUGCAAGGAAGAUUAGUGAUCCGGGAUUUCAAGAGCAGUGACCCGUAUGUUGUUGUCAAAUUAGGCAGUCAGGUGGCAAAGACUAAGGUCAUAAACAGUUGCCUCAAUCCUGUUUGGAACGAAGAGCUAGUUUUCUCGCUCACAGAACCCCUUGGAGCUUUAAAUUUGGAAGUGUUUGAUAAAGACCGUUUCAAGACUGAUGACAAAAUGGGACAUGCCCACUUCAGCCUCCAACCGUUAGUCUCUGCUUCUAGAUUGAGGAAGGUCCUAAAGGUUUCUUCUGGCGAGACGGCGCUAAGAAAGGUUGUACCUGACAGUGAGAACUGCCUCGUCAGAGAAAGCUCCAUUGCUUGCAUCGAAGGCGAAGUCGUACAAGAUGCUUGGUUGAGGCUUUGUGGGGUCGAGUCAGGGGAAAUUCAGCUGAAGAUGAAACUGAUAGACACUCCAGUUGCAGGCAUGAGAUAAGGCCUACACUCAUAACUACGUAUGGAAAAAGUGAAAAUUCAUUUCAUGUGUGUAAAUCCUGUAGAAAUCUCUCUACUUUAUAAGGUUGCUUUCAGCUCGUAUGCGUUAAAUGGAGUGGAGGAGUUGGCCUCAAAUUUAUAGUGAAGCAACACAGCGCCAAGAUCUAUCAAGUCCAUGCGGCCCUGUGUCUUCCACAACUUAUUGACAAGAAUCUCAGAUAUUUGUACUCUAAAAUUUCGAUCGAAAGACCUGUAUAAUGAAGGAAGAUAACCGUGGUUUUAUGAUUC